AUGGCUCGGGGUAAAAUCAACGAUAAAAGGGUGCAUCACCAUGCCUCAGUUACUCAGUACUUCGAUACGGCCCCUAUCGACGAAUGGGCGUAUCAUGGUUUUUUAACUGCCGUGCGGUGUGACUUCAAUUUAAACGCUUCGGUCGCUGUAUUAAGAGCAACUUGGCGAAAGCGUUUCCUAAAUUACCUCAAAGAUAUCAAAGCGCACGAUGUGGACGAAGAACGACGUAGAGUUGCCUCAGAUCUAAUCUCAAAGGUUCCGUCCCUAACAGGAGUGUGGGUGUCGUCCUCGCAUAAUUUUUGUGGGCUCAUACAUCUUAUUGCACCGCUGAGGGGAGGUACCGUCCCUCAACUCAGUAUGGGUGCCGUCCUGAAACCCACGCUUGACGUCACGGAAUUUUGGAACUCUUAUGAAAAGAACAAAAGAAUUAAAGCAAAACAGUCAGAUGUUCAGGCAAAUGCACAGCUCACUGCAUUGGUAGUAAUUGAUGCUGCAACUGACCAACAAGGAGACAUACUUGUCAACCAGAUGUCAAAAUCUCUGAGCAAACAAUCAGACACACCAGAUACUAAAUGUGUUUCUUCCCUGGAUCAUGAUCGUGAAGGUGGCAACACUGGCAGCAGUGGCACUGAAUAUAAUAGCAAACUCAAUGCUGAUGAGAUUGAAUAUAGUAAUGAUUAUGACAAAGUCAGUGACCACAUUGAUAAUGGAUACAUAGAGCGUGUUGAAGAUGAGCCAAAAUCAAGCCCUCAAAGGCUGUGGAUCUUGCAAAGUGGGACAAAUGUCAGCUCUGUCCUUGCAGAGUAUGUGAAGACCAUCCCAAAUUCUCAGAAGUGUUUUGAUCCAGCAUACUGGAAUAUCCUGGACCUCACGGGUGAUAAUUCUGCAAUAAGGUGCCUAUUUUCAACUGAGGAUUGGACAGAAAUGUUGAGCAGCUUUGAACAAGAAGUUCAGCUAGUAGAGUCAGAAAUCUCAGAUGGCACACUAUACUUCUUUGACGAGCUUGAGAAGGUUGUCAAGGCUCAAGCGAGUGAUAUUGUCACAGCAAUCGAGCAGAUAUCUCCAAAGGCAAUCGAAAAAACAUACAAUAUUGUGCUUAGUUCUGAAGACCGAGAAAAUAUAGUUGUUAUUCGACGCGCUAUCACGGCAUAUGCCGAAAAUUUACGUGGUGUUGAUGUUCCAGUCUCUGAAGCGUCGUUCGAUAAUAUGUUUACAAACAUGCUCAUAAGGAAACUCCUUGACUUAAAGGAACUCAAGAUGGACGUCGGCGAAAUUGCUUGUUGGGCUUCAGCUCAACGGCGUAACGUUGGCCGGUCUGUUGUUCUCCGUGCCCGUGUAGGGCAAAAAUGUGACUUUCGAGGGACACUAAAAAAUAGCAUUAAUAGCGUCGAAGCUCUGAUUGGUCUUAGGAGUGGCGGGCUUCCCGAAACACAUAGAAAAAAGAUCUUCAUGGAUCGCAUGGAUCUGGCGGUGGCCCUUCGUGAUAUCGUCUUCCAGUUUUUUCGCUCUAAUUCGAAUGCGCCGGAUGAUGAGCUUCACAAGACUUACGUGAUUGGUAUGCAGUCAUGGGGGUGGACCCACGAGAUGUACGGCAUGGACUGCAAGGCCACAAAUAUAAUGCGAUUUGGGAGACUCCGCCAAACCAUACUCCCAAACACAACAGCGACACUACCAUGUUUAGAAAGGUUCAUAAUAACUAUGUUAGAUACCAAGGCGACUCUCAAAUCUAUAUGCGAGCAUGUAAAUAAUGUUGCCCUUGCACAUUCUCGAACAUAUCGAAAAAGAAAAAAUCUUGUGGAUAAAAAUGCAAUUGGCGGAUGUUUUGGAAAGGCUCCAGCAACACCGAUCAAAAAGCCGCGUAAGGAAAACACCGAUGAAUAG